GUCAGCACUCAUCUGGCUCUCCACAUGCACUCUGCGCAGCCAUGAGGUUCCUGCUGGUCUCCGCCUUGUUGCUGGCUGCCGUAGCCGCAGUCCGAAGUGAAGCCGCCCAAGAGAAGAAACAGGAGAAGAGAGGAAUCCUGAGUGGCAUCGGAGGCGGCUACGGAGGCGGCUAUGGAGGAUACGGACUGAGCAGUGGUCUGGGAUAUGGCUACGGUUCCGGUGGCUACGCUAUCGGAUCUGGUAUUGGCCUUGGAUCUGGUCUCAGCUCUGGAAUAGCGCUCAGCUCCGGCUAUGGACUUGGCUCCGGCUAUGGACUUGGCUCGGGCUAUGGACUUGGCUCCAGCUAUGGACUUGGCUCCGGCUAUGGACUUGGUUCUGGCAUUGGACUGGGCUCUGGCAUUGGAUUGGGCUCUGGCAUUGGACUGGGCUCUGGUAUUGCUCUCGCCGCUUCGGCUCCGUCAGUCCAGACCGUGACGCAGACCGUAGCUGUUCCAGUGCCCCAGCCCGUACCUGUGACCAUCAACAGGCCCGUGCCCGUACCUGUAGCACAGCCCGUCCCAGUGUCGGUACCCAGGCCCUACCCCGUCAGUGUCCCUCAUCCCGUACCUGUCUCUGUGCCCAGGCCGUACCCUGUGAGUGUGCCCAGGCCAGUAGCUGUGCCUGUGCCUCAGGCCGUGCCUGUGCCAGUCCCUCAGCCCUACCCCGUCAGCGUGCCUCAUCCGGUCCCUGUGCAAGUGCCUCAGCCCGUGGCUGUGCCAGUGCCUCAGCCCGUCACCGUCACUAGGCCAGUGAUAGUCGCUUCCUCUGGCUUGGGAGCCGGUCUUGGAGGAGGCAUCAGCAGCAUUGGUCUCUCCGGAGGCAGUUUGGGAGCCAUCGGCUACGGCAGUGGCCUUGGAGGCGGUCUGGGCUAUGGCUAUGGACUUGGAGGAGGCAUCAGCAGCAUCGGUCUUAAAGGCAGCAGUCUGGGAGGCAUUGGCUACGGCAGUAGUCUUGGAGGAGGUCUGGGCUAUGGCUAUGGACUUGGAGGAGGAAUCAGCAGUAUCAGUCUUGGAGGAAGCAGUCUGGGAGGCAUCGGGAUUGGUUCUAAAUAUGGUUAUGGAUCCAGCUACGGGUAUGGCUCUGGCUAUGGUCUUGGGUCCAGCAAGGUGUGGUAAUAUUUAAAUUUAUAUUAAAAUUUUAAUGUCAAGACCUGUUGUUCUUUUGUUGCUUUAAGACUGUUUGAACGUGAUACGUGCAUCUAAUGACAUUUCUCCAGCAUUUCCAACUAUCAUCUUUCUAUUCCAUUCUCAAUAAAAAUAAAUGCCAGUAGUCGUCACUGACUCAUCUCUAUUUCAUUUUCACGUGUUUUUUUUUUUUUUUUUUUUUUUUUUUUAGCGAUUUGUGUGUUCAAAGGCUAUCAUUUUUGUUACUUUUCAUUGUAUUUUGUAUCAAUAAAAGGUGUAAAUACAGUU